CUGUUGCAAUUCUUAUAUAUUUGCAUUGAACCAUCGCAGUUAUCGAUAACAUCGAUUGAUUUGAUAGCUUCGGUGCAACACUGCGUUUUUUUUGCUGUUCUCUUUCGGCUGUUGUUUCGUGUGUUGACCAAUAAAUUUUUCGCAUAUUUUUUCGACUUUUCCUCAAACCAAGAACCGCAAUAAGCGAAUUAGGCCAACGCCGUUAGCCAGCGCAGCAACCGCAAAGCGAAUCUUUGGCCCAAAAACGCACGUGUAAAGCGUUCUUGCCCAGCAAGCGCAGCAGCAGUAGUUACCGCAGAGCAGAGAGAUCCAUCGGCAGCCGACGGCGACGACGACGUUCCAGGAAGCGACAUUUACGCUACACAUACAACAACAACAACAGCAGCAGCAACGGCGGGAGCAGCGCGUGAAAGCGAGCAAGCGAAAGAAGAGAGCAGCAAGCAACAAGGACUCGGCGAAAACAGAGAAUCCUGUCCAAGAUUUGGGAAUCCUGCCAGCACAGCACAAGCAAAGCAUCAAGCGGCAUCAUCAGCAGCAGCAGCACCAGCAACUGUUGUUGUCUUUUUUUUUGCUCUUUUUGAUUUGACUUUCUUUUGUUUUGUGUGGGCCCAAGCCCAGUUGUCCAAGUCGUUGCCCAAAUCCCUCAAAGUCGGACAAUUAAAGAUGGCCGCUGCCGGUGGGAGCGCAGUGAAUGCGGUGAACGAUUGCUUUAGCAUCGGAUCCACAGUGGUCUGUACGACCUGUUUCAACGAGGAGGUGGAGGGCGAGGUGCUGGCCUUCGAUCACAACACAAAGAUGCUUAUCCUGAAAUGCCGGUCCAAGUCCACGGAGGAGCUGAGUGAUAUCUAUGCCAUGAACCUCUCGCUGUGCAGCAACGUUCAGGUGGUCAAGGAAUGCAAUGGCAACAUUGAUGAUCCUCAGAAGCUCAACCUGGAACAGGUGAAAAUGCGCCUGAGGAAAACAGUGGAGCGAAGGCAGGACUAUCUCAAGUCCAAGAAUGCGGAUGUCAGUCCAGAGGCGCAGGAGCUUUAUAGAGCGAUAGCCAAACAAUACGGGUACAAUGAGGUCUCCUGGCAGGGACUCAACAUACAAAUACUGAAUGAAGUCACCAUUUCGCCGCCGUACCGAGUGGACAAUGUGGUGUCCAGCUCGAACAACGAAACAUCAUGCAAUUACAUUAAACGGAUUAUUAAACAAUUUUUCAACACGAGACCCUCGCCCGUGCCAGAAAGCGGCGCUGGGGCCAGCACCUCGUCAGCAUCCGUGUCUCCCACGUCCUCAUCUCUGUCGUCGAGUAACGCUGCAUCUGGAUCUCCGGUUCCCGCAAACUAAUUAAUAAAAAGAGUAACAAAAAAAAAAAACAAAACAAAAAACAAAAACAAAACAAAAAACAAAUGUGCUUCAAAAAGGA